CAAUCCUCGGCAUAUAAUAUCCCAAAUUACCCCUCCCCAAUUAUCCCCAACUUAUGUCCAAUAUAAAAGAUGGCGACCACUUCACGAGUUUUCGGCCGAAGUCUUCGAUUAGCUCGCAACUUAAAAGUAAGUAAGAGAUGUCGUUGAAAAUAAUACCAGUGUAUAGCCAAAUCCCUGCAGAUUUUUUCUCACAUAUUUCUGUGUUUGUUAGUUAAACGGUUCCAAAGUUCAGAACCUCACAAGCGCGGCGCACGUGUCGAAUUCAACUAGAAAAUUGUCAAAUGCUCAAUUGGCUCGUCCUUUGGCGUCUGUCUGUGGUACGUCUUUAGAAAAUGACAGUUUUAAUGUUAAAUUUAGGUUGGGUUUGGAUGUAAACAGGGGCGGAUCCAGCCAAAAAUCUGACCGUAGCAUUUUCCAAGACCUCGCAUAGCUAGGGGGGUCCGGGGGCAUGCCCCCCGGAAAAUUUUUGAAAUUUGAAGCCCGGAAAUGCCAUUUCCUGCGUUCUGAGCACUGCAUGUGACCAUUAAAUUUGUCCUCAUUGUAUUCAUUUCUCAAGCAAAAAUAAGCCGAAAUGAUCUCAAAAUGUAAACUACUGCUCGCGUAUAUUUUAACAUACGAUAUCGGUAUGAUACUCGUAUCAUACGCAUAUCAUUAUCAAUUGAAUACCGAAAUGCGCGUAUCAUCUACGAACGCGUGUAUCAUACGAAUACGCAUAUCAUAUGAACGCGCGUAUGAUAUGAAUACGCGUAUCUUACGAAUAUAUACGCAUUACAAACAAAUAUUAGCGCGCUAUAAAACACGAUAUAUAUACGCGCGUAUCAUAAUUCGCGUAUUAAUUCCAAUACAUGCAGGUAUACUGUACAUACGCGCACAAACGCUUUAAUAAAGCGAAGUUAAUAGCGAACACUAUACUGAAUACAGUAAAAACUCAAAUUAAAAUAUAAUGUGCAUCUCUUAUCAUUCAUAAGGCUUACCUGACUGGAAAUGAUUCGUUUUACUAUCUGAUUUUAUUUCUACCUCGACGCAUAUAAAUCCUUUAGCUUUCCGACGGCUUUCAUUUCGAAAUGCGCACAACCGUACUGUGGGUUCCCAAUAGCAUGUUGUUGAUGAGCCAAACACAAAUAUCAGAUAUUCCAUCGUUCUGGAGCAGUAGCCAAUUUCAUGCCACCGUAGCAAACUAUAGCAUUUGCCCCAUUCCGAUUGGUUUGCUACGUUUGACCGUAGCAAACCAAUCAGAAUGCCGUAUAUGCCAAUUUUCGCUACGGUCAGAUUCGACCUUAAUGAAUCUGACCGUAGCGAAAAUUGAUCAUAUAUGGGCAACACGCUACGGUGUAUUUCUGAAGGAUGAUAUUUUCUAAGCUAUAGUCCAUUGCGUAAUGACCCGCAAACGGGCAAUUACAACCGUAUUUUCGGGCGGGAAUUCUUAAAACAAUUAACGUUACGUAUUAUAAAUGUCAUCAAUUUGUCAAAAUAAAAUGUUUUAGAACAUAUAAAACUAAAUAAAAUAAAACCUUGAAAUAUAAACAAGGAAAGUAAACAAAAUAUUGCUAAAUUAUAUUUUAGAUUGAUUUUAUGAUCCAUGUUAGAACUGGCCUAUGGAAAAUCUGACCGUAGCAUAUGCUACAGUUGCAACGGUCUAAAUCCGCCCCUGGUAAACGUUGCCAGAAAAUAUGCCCAGAAUUAUUUGAUAUUGUCAUAUUGAGCUCUAUAUUAAAACUGGAUUUAUCUCUUUAUUGCAACUUGCAUGGUUAUUAUGGUUAUAUUGCUGUGAUUUUAGCAGGGCCGCCCAGAGGUUGGCGGGGGCCCGGGGCAAAUCCCGGAAAAAAAAUUUUUCCGGACAAUUUCCCCCCCCCCCCCGUCGCCAAAAAAUUUUUGGUCAGUGUACCAUUUUAGGGGUAAAAAAUUUUUUCCGGAGUACAAAAUUUUUCCGGACAAGUACGUUGCAAUUGCUUUCAAGGAACUUUAUCUCAUUUUUUUAUGCCAAAAUUCGGUACUUAGCCCAAGAAAACAGAUAUCUUGUCCUUUGCGUGGAAAUAUUUAACACACAAAAAAGGCUGGGGCCCAACAAAAAUUUUUCAGGGCCCCCAGCAACUCGGGGCAAUUUGCCCCCCCCCUCUGGGCGGCCCUGGAUUUUAGGUGUGAUUUUCUUCUUUUGGAUGUGAAUGAGUUAUGAAUAUUCAGAUAAGGGUACAUAUAUAUACUCAAACUUUCAUAAGUCUUCUACUUGUUCCCAUCCAUCAGAAGAAGUCAUUUGCAGCACAAAUUGCUAGUGUAAACUGGCCAACUCUUGUCACAUGCAACCGAGGUGAAAUUACAAUCAGACAACUGUAUUGAACAGCAAUUGCAUUAACCACUAAUUUAUGUCAGUUUUACUAGAAACACUCUCUUUAUUAUUAUUUAGGGUUGUUAAAUGGUUCAUCAAAGUGUGGCCUUAAAACCAUGAUACAGUAGGUGCAAUUUCAAUGUAUGAAAUGAUCUGAUUUUGUAAUUUAAAUUAUUGGAUAUAUUGUUAUUGUUAUGUUCUAGGUUUGCGCCUCAGCAAGUUGCCAAUGUCAGUUUGGCAGCAAGGAGUGCUGCGUUUCUAAGCCCAGAUUCUCAAGGUAUAAAACCAGAGUAUGUUGUACCAUAAAUACAAUGCCAGUACCACCCCAUAUUUGGUCAUUCCAGAAUAUGAGAAAACAUCGGAGGUAUGCCUCCCCUACAGAGGAAAUUGGAAGUUAAAUGACAGAAAAUUCCUCUGUGGGAGUGGUGCAGAUCUUUUCUGGAACAACCCAAUGAAAUAUACCAAGCCAUCACAUACCAUACAUUACUACAAAACUGUAUAUACCAUUCCAAACCAUAAUGCACUUGUGUAGUAUCACAGCAUACAGUACCACACCCAUUCCACAUCAUGCUAUACCAAAUCGUACCUUACCAUACCACCUUGUAGUAUUAUGACAUACUAAACUGUAUCAUACUAUACCAUACCACAGAAUACCAAAUACUCCAUACCUUCCUCUAUCAUAUAUACCAAAUUGUACUGGACCACUUUCAUUCUAGGAUCAGAUGAAAGCAGUGUGUCAACGUCAGAAGGUAGUGACUCCAGUUGCGAAGCCAUGGAGGGGCCUCAUGGUGACGAUGAUGGACUAGUAAUUACCAACAGUUCUACCAGCGAAGACUUAUAACAUUGGACUGCCUGACUGAGAGACUGGUGUUUUACCAAAUACUAUUAAAAUGAUUUUAAUAUCUAUAACAAAAGGAGUUUCUAUGUGAACUGUCAGCAAAAUGUGUACAAUGAUUUCAACUAAUUACUUGUAUUUAGUCUUGCCACAAAAUUAUCUCAGUCAGGCAGUAUUUCUUGUUUUGACAAGAUCAGAACCAAAACUUUAUAAAGUUAUGUCAUUGGUGUGUUAUUUUAUUUCAUUAAAAUUAUAUGAGAUUUUAUAUCUCUGUGUGUG